AUGACAAGAGAGAGUGCUGGAGAAAAAGUUGCUUUAAUCGGAUCUGGCAAUUGGGGUACUGUGAUCUCGAAAAUUAUUGCAAGAAAUGUUACAAAGCAUAAUGAAUUCCAACAAGAGGUGAAAAUGUGGGUCUUUGAGGAAACAAUAAAUGGAAGAAAACUUACUGAAUUGAUAAAUGAAAAACAUGAAAAUGUUAAAUAUUUGCCCGGCAUUACGAUUCCUGAAAAUGUCAAAGCUGUUCCUGAUUUAUUGGAAGUAGUUCGCGAUGCUACAGUUUUAGUAAUUUGCAUUCCUCAUCAGUUUGUGCAUAACGUUUGUGAUCAAUUGAAAGGUAAAAUAGAUCCAAAGGUGAAAGCAAUAUCUCUAAUUAAAGGUGUUGAAACAGAUGAUAAGGGAAUUCGUCCAAUAUCACAUGUCAUCAGUGAGUCACUUCAAAUCUCAGUUUGUAGUUUAAGUGGCGCAAACAUUGCCAAUGAAAUUGCAGAUGAAAAUUUUUCUGAGACUACCAUCGGAUUUAAUGUUCGUGAAGAAGGAGAGCUAUUUAAAAAAUUAUUUGAAACGAAAUACUUUCGUGUUGGUAUUAUUAAUGAUGUUGUUGGUGUUGAACUUUGUGGUGCAUUGAAAAAUGUGAUAGCCAUUGGUGCUGGUAUUGUUGAUGGUCUAAAACUAGGCGAAAACACUAAAGCUGCGAUUAUUAGGAUGGGCUUUUUGGAGAUGAAAAAAUUUAUGAGAAAGUUUUAUGGUGGAAUCAAAGAAGAAACCUUUUUUGAAAGUUGUGGUAUCGCUGAUGUUAUUGCCACUUGUUAUGGUGGUAGAAAUAGAAAAGUUGCUGAAUCAUUUGUUACUUCUGGAAAGCCUUUUGACCAAUUAGAAAAAGAGCUUCUUCAGGGUCAGAAAUUACAAGGAACAUUAACGGUUAAAGAAAUCAAUAGGAUUUUGUCGCGCGAAGGAUUAAAUGAUGAAUUUAAAUUAUUUACAACAAUUUAUCGUAUUGCAUUUGAGGGUCUUCCACCAAAAACUAUUAUAAAAGAUAUCAUUUGA